AAUGUUUCUAAUUAUCGUAGACGCAUUUACUAAGUGGCCAGAAGUAUAUACCAUGGCAAAUUGUACAACGUCAGAAACAAUCCACAAGUUGUCUACCUUAUUUAGCUGCUUCGGAGUUCCAGAGAUCGUAGUAACUGAUAAUGGCUCGCAAUUCAUUGCAGAAUCGUUUAAGUAUUUCUGUAACGCAAAUGGAAUAACUCAUCUUCGUUCUCCGCCCUAUCAUCCACAAUCGAACGGACAAGCAGAACGCUUUGUGGACACUUUUAAACGAGCACUACUGAAAGGGGGAGGCGAAGGGACAACUGGACAGGUAAUCACAAAAUUUCUGACAACCUACAGAACCACUCCGAACCCAAAUGUUCCAGACGGUAAGUCUCCUGCCGAAGCCAUGUUUGGAAGGCGUAUUCGAACCGUUUUCAACGCCAUGUUGCCAUCGAAAUUUGUGUACGGGCACAAUCAAAAUCCAAAUAUGCGGAACUUUAAUGUCGGCGACGAAGUUUUCAUUAAAUCCUACACCGGAAAGAACCGAUGGGAGCCGGGAAAAAUUGUACAAAAGUUAGGAAAAGUUCUGUACAGAGUCCGAGGAACUUUUGGAACAUGUAUACGACAUACGAAUCAAAUCCAUAAGGACAAAAGAACGAUGCAGACUCGAAAUAACCGGCCAAAAUUCCCGUUAGAGUCAACCUUGGACGUACCAACGAUACAUAUGCCCAAGGACACUGAAAGGAAGCCUUGGAUAUGGAAGACGACAAGAAUAAUGAGACACCACCGCAACCCAGUUGUCAAGCUACAAAUAAAUCCUAGAAAGAAAUCUUAUUCGGGGGAGGUGUUGGGAUGACCACCGAGAAGCCACCCACGUACAUAGUCGAUUGACUAAGUUAUCGAUUAAUUUAUCGAUCAGAUGUUAAGUAUUUGAAUAGCAGUCAAUUGAUUAACUUAUUGAUGAAUGUUUAAGAAUUUUUAAAUGACAAUAUUGAUUAUGUAUAUAAUUUUGUAUAAAUACUCAUGUUUGAUUGUAUAUUUUGAUUCUUGUCAAUAAGUGCUCACAAACGUCUUUCGUCUUCUUACUUG